CUUGGUCUCCUUUUCAGGAUUCUUCUGCUGAGUGAAAAUGGUGACUUACAAAGUGACCGUAUCCACUGGAUAUCUUGCUGGUGCCACCACUUUCAACAAUGUCUUCAUUAAGCUGGUGGGUACGGACGGGGAAAGCGAACACAAGUGGCUCAUGGGCUUAAAAGGAGCUUCAUCUUUCAUGAAAGGAGUAGUGUCUAGUUUUUAUGUGUGCUGCCCUGCCUCCCUUGGAAAGCUGGUCCUGGUAGAACUAGACAAACAGCGUCUCCCACUGUUCCCUGAGGACUCUUGGUUUCCUACCAAGGUGGAAGUUAAUUCUCCUGAGGGAGACACCUACAACUUCCCCAUCUACCGCUGGAUCACUGACAGCGAGGUGCACCGCUUCAGAGAGGGAACAGCUCUGACAGUCUUUGAAGACAACCAUCAUCUCGGCAGGUACAGUCGGCAGCAGGAGCUGAUCCAGCGAGAGAAAGACUAUCGCUGGGAUGUGUAUGUAGAGGGAAUACCCCACUGCAUAAAGACAGAUAACCCUCUUGACCUGCCUUGUGAGGUCCGCUUCUCCUUCACAAAGACCACAGAGUUUCUCUAUACUGCAUCCACUGGGCUGGCUGAGCUGCAACUGAAGGGACUGUCUAAUUGCAAGGAAAAGUGGACUGAUAUUGAUUCUAUCAAUCGUGUGUUCUGCUGCAAACGGACUGAAAUAUCAGAAUAUGUCCAGGACCAUUGGAAGGAGGACGCUUUUUUCGGCUACCAGUUUCUAAACGGUGUCAACCCCAUAUUGAUCCGACGCUGUUCAGCUCUGCCUGGUAACUUCCCUGUCACUGACAACAUGGUCUUCCUCCAUGGUCAGAGUAGCUUGGCAGAUGAAAUGAAGAAAGGCAACAUAUUCCUGUGUGACUACAAGCGUUUGGAUGGACUGAAAACAAACACCAUCAAUGGGAAGAAGCAGUACUUGAUGGCUCCUCUGGUCCUGCUCCACAAAACACCUGAUGAUAAACUGAUGCCAAUUGCCAUUCAGCUGAAGCAGACUCCAGCAGAUGACAAUCCCAUCUUCUUCCCUAGUGAUUCUGAGUACGACUGGCUGAUGGCCAAGAUUUUUGUGAGAAGUGCAGAUUUCAACGAGCAUCAACUCAACGUUCACCUGCUGCGCACUCAUCUGCUGGCUGAGGUGUUUGCAGUGUCGCUGCUGCGCAACCUGCCCAUGGUGCACCCACUGUACAAGCUCCUCAUACCCCACACUCGUUACACUCUGCAGAUCAACCACUUAGCUCGACUUGUUCUCAUAUCUGAGACUGGAGUUUUCACACAGUUUGCAGCCUCUGGUGGGGAGGGUAUGAUGACACUCCUGCAGAGAUCUCUGUCCUCAAUGACCUACAGCUCUCUCUGCAUACCAGACGACAUUGCUGAGCGUGGGCUGGAGGAUGUGCCGAACUUCUACUACAGAGAUGAUGGACUCAAGCUUUGGGAUAUCAUAUACAGGUUUGUGCAGGGAGUGCUCCGCUUGCACUACAAGAGUGACGCCGAGGUCCGGAAAGAUUCUGAACUGCAGAAGUGGAUUUCGGACAUUUUCGAACAUGGAUUCCUUUCCCAAGCAAACACAGGAAUCCCGCAGAGCUUUACCACCGUGGCCCAGGUGGUCAAGUUUGUCACCAUGGUGAUCUUCACUGGCUCAGCACAGCACUCAGCUGUGAACACUGGGCAGUAUGACUAUGGUGGCUGGAUGCCCAACACUCCCAUCUCCCUGCAACUUCCUCCACCAACCACAAAGGGAACAACAAGUGAGGCUACGAUGCUGCAGACGUUCCCUGAUGUCAACACAACAGUUCAGGGAAUGUCCACCAUGUGGCUGCUCAGCAAGCAGUCCUCUGACUUCGUGGCUCUCGGCCAGUACCCAGAGGACCAUUUCAGUGAGGAGGUUCCCUGCAAGCUGAUAAAGGCUUUUCAAGGAGAGCUUCAAGUGCUCAGUGCAGUCAUCAAAGCCAGAAACAAAAGUCUGGAGGUCCCAUACACAUACAUGGAUCCAACUGAGGUAGAAAAUAGUGUAGCCAUUUGAAUAUCGGAAGGUGUGACCUCCUCAGCUGUUAGCCAAAUUCAGCUUCAUAAUAACCAACGUGAAAAAGAGAAGAACUGCAUGUUUUAACUGAUACUACAGUGAGAAGAAAGUACUACAUGUCAUCAUUUUAGGCUUAUAUUUUAUUUCCAUACCACCUGUUUUAUGUAAAAAACAAAAUGUGAAGCUGUUAAUUUUGAGAAGUUUCUUCUCAAGACAUGCAUCUUUCCUGAGAAAAUAUGACAAUUUGCACUUGACUGUUGUAAAUGGAC